AUAAAAUGAAAAGCAGCUGCGACGUUCAACGGCGCGUGAAUAAUCCGGCUUUAGGCGGCCGGAAGUCAUUUACGCGGAGGCGGGCGGCUCUUGAUGAAAGGAAGAAGUAAUAACAGAGAAAAUAGACGGUGAGACCAUGAAGACGGUGGUGGCGCUGCUGCUGCUUUGUGUGUGUGACGCCGCACACGCCGACUGUCAGGAUGACUGCCUGUCCUGCAGCCGCCUUCUGCCCAAACAGCGCACGUUCAACACCGUGGAGUGUCUGUUUGAGUGUGAAGCCAACGCCUCCCCCGCGUCCUCCUGGGACAUCUGCCGUGGCUCCUUGUCUCUUUCAUCCAUGCCCAAAAGGUCUCAGGAGGAGGUGGAGGCCUUCUUUCCUGCAGAGGACGAGGACGAGGCGGAGGAGGAAGGGGAAAGGCUGCCUUGGGCCUUGCAGAGGUUCCAUCAUGUGACCCAAGCACUCGGGCUGGACGAGAGGGUCGUGGGUGGUGAUGAUACCCACAGCGCUCCGUCCCUGGAGGACAAGCAAGAGCAUGAGGACUCUGACGUGACCUCCCGGGCACAGGGCGACGACACGGGCGCGCUGAGCAUCUCCAAGAGGUUCGGCGGCUUCGUCAAGGGGAGGCAUGGCUACAAGAAGCUGAUGGCUCCGUCGAGGUCGUACCAGAAGAGGUACGGCGGCUUCAUUGGCAUCCGGAAGUCGGCGCGCAAGUGGAACAACCAGAAACGCUUCAGCGAGUUCCUGAAACAGUACCUGGGCAUGAGCGCCCACGCCACAGAGUACAACAGCGUGUCGGAGGAGCUCAGCCAACAGAAUGAAGUGUAGUUCAGCCGCAGCUUCGCUCUCUCCUUGUGUCCUCUCAGCUUCUUCUCCAUCUUAGGCUGGAUUUACACUGCAGAUCUCUUAUUCUCAUUUCCUGCCUGCACCUAAUUUGUUUAGUAUCAUAUCCCCUGUCUCAGACACCCUAUGGACGUACACCCACCACACAUAUCCAGAACACAUAUCCACACUGGGCCACAUGGUAACAGGACGUGUCAAUCCAGGCUUCAUCCACUGCAUAUCCCACAAUAAAUAAAUUCACACGUACAAAACUCAUUUCAAAUGAAAGAUUUCAUCCAUACUUCCUCUUGAAUUUCUCUAUAUCCUCCGCAAGCACUUAUAUGGGACUAAAUACGACUACAACACACCAGGAAUGCUGCAGUACAGUGGAGCCCCGCCUUGUCGCCAUUCGGUCUCAUUUUUUUUCAUUUUUAAAAACGUCUUCAUUUAUGAGAAAAUGCGGUUUUGGCAGCAGAGCACUCAUAUAGAGGAUCUUUGACUAGCGUUUCUGCAGCGAGUGCUCCUGGAGAGGAGCUAUGGACCUUGUUUUUGCAGUAGGUCUUUCAAAAGAGCAGAGCAAUUUGUCGUAUACAGGAUCUUUGACCAGAGGUUUUUUUUUGUUGUUGUUGUUGCACUAGGUCCUUAAAAACGAAUCUAUCAUAAAAAGCGCUUCUAUCAUAUUGAGGAUCUUGGACGGUAGGUAGCAGAGCGUGAUGUCUUUUUAGGAUCUUUGACUUGCAUUUUUGCAGUAGGUAGCAGAGUACUCUGUCUUUUUAGGAUCUUUGACUGCCAUUUUUGCAGUGUGUUCUGAAAAACAGCACAGCACUUUGUCAUAGAGGAUCUUUGACCAGAGGUUGUUUUUUUUUUGCAGUGGGGCCUUAAAAAACGGAAGAGCGCUUACGUCAUAUUGAGGAUCUUUGGCGAGCAUUUUUGCAGUCGGUAGCAGAGCACUCUGUCGUAUAGAGGUUCUUUGACUAGCGUUUUUGUAAGCGGUUCUUAAAAGACAGAGCACUCUGUCUUUUUAGGAUCUUUGACUGCCAUUUUUGCAGUGGGUUCUGAAAAACAGCAGAGCAUUUUCUCAUAUAGAGGAUCUUUGGCCAGAGUUUUCUUUUUGCAGUCGGUCCUUAAAAACGGAAGAGCGCUUCUGUCAUAUUGAGCAUCUUUGGCGAGUUUGCAGUAGUCGCAGAGCACUAGAGGAUCUUUGACUAGCGUUUUUGCAGUAUGUCCUUUGACACAUGAAAGUGUUCCUGUCAUGGGUUUGUCUACAUAUUAUUAUUUUGCUGCAGUAUAGCAGGGAUCUACUGUACUCUGGUCAUGGCCUCGUGUUGCUAGGCGGAUUCUGUGUUGCACAAUCAUCUAAUGUCCCAAACUGAAUGAAAAACUACAUUGUCACAUGUAAUGACUGAAGACUGAAGCAGAGGGCCGCCAUACAGCAGGAACAGGAACAAGUCAGACAGACACACGUUAAGGAACAUGUGGACACAUCUACUGUGCAAUAAAGUCACUAUUCUCUAUUAAAUCUAGAAUAUAUAACAUUAGUAAAGAACAUGUACUGGAAUACUACCAUACUACAUUGCACCCAUGCAAAAUGGCCAUCAGUAGCAUCAUUUCCUGUACUCUACUACCCCCUGGUGGUACGUUUAUUGUAUUACGUCUAUUGUAAUGUGCAGAAUGGCCCAUUUGUUUGUGGCAACACCUCUAAAACGCAUUUAUUCAUCACUACGUCAGAGAGUGAGGAGUUGUAACUCCAACAAUCAUGAGAAACGUGAACAGUGCGAAGAGCUGUUUGGUAUUUCAACUGUCACCCGUGGUUCAUUCUGUGUGUAAAUAGCUGAAUUUGA